UUUCCGGCUGUACCAUUAGGCUAUUGAAGUAUUCGGUAGCCUAAUUAAUUGCUGGAUCGUUUGGCAAUGUAAACGUGGGCCUAUAGAAAAGCUUAGACUGCAUAAUUAACUACGAGUGAAAAAAUAGGCUAGUCUAUAUUUUCACGAAGCAUUUCAGAUAAGUUCGGUCUCCCCAUGGAGUUUGUGGUGGGGGCCAUGUAGCCUACGUCUAUUUUAGCAAGGACAUGCGUGCAUGUUAUUCAGUCAGUGGAACCGUACGAUGGCGAGAUUCUUACAAGCAAACUUUAGAAAUGUGUUGGCUACGCAGUUAAGGUUGUCAUCCGAUAAGUCGGGUGAACAUGGAAAAGGUGUAGGUAAAGGUGGUGCGGGCGGAGGGUCUACUCGAGAGGCAGGUGCUUUUGGGAAGAAGAGAGCAACGGAGGAGGAGAUGUACUUCAAACGUAAAGAGAAGGAGCAGUUGGGAGCUCUGAAGCAGCACCACCAGGAAGAGAUAGACCACCACAAUAAGGAAAUUGAGCGGCUGCAGCAAGAGAUCAAACGCCACGAAGGGAAAAUCAAAGAACUUAAAGACUGAAUGUGGCUUUACAGAAGUGCAUAAAGCUUUGCACCUGUUUCAGACUUGGUGAUCGUUUGUGUUGCAUGAUCUUUGCCCUAAGUUCUACUUAUCUGAUUGUUACUUCAGUAGGCUAUGAGAUUAUCAAAACCUGUUUACCUAAAUGUCAAUGUCUGUAUGUAGGGACUACUUUUCUGUAAUUUAAUAAAAAUUAAAAAGAAUGGUAAGCUACCCAUAUACAUAAUUUUGUAAACUCAUCCUUGCCCUAACACUGACACAGAAACAGCCAAGUCUAGUUGAAACAUGCACUUUAGAACACAGCGGGGCCAGUUCUAGCCUAGGCUACUUGGUGGGCUGGUAGAAAUAUUGGGUGGGCAACAUAGCAAAGCGGUGAAAUAGAAUCAAAAUUGACCUAAACACAAAAAAAACAGGUUGAGAUGGGCCUUUAAGGCCUAUGUGUUUCAGAGCUUGACAACAGUAAUGAUGAAUUUACAGAAUGCUUAAAAGUGUGCUUAUAAAGCUUGGAGUAGUUUGGCCUCAUGCAAUUUGAAGCUUGGCGUGUAUCAUACAGUGACAUUUUUGGACAACAUCUGGUAAGUAGCCUAUGCGGACUUUUGUUGGAUUCUAGGCCUACUUGUUAUUUUUCAUUGCAUUCAACCAAGGCUACACAGAGAACUGCAAAAAUCUAUACUCCAAAUAAACAAGUUUGCAGUUAUUUACAAUUGCUUAUACACAAUUUCAAA